AUCGCCCCAUAUUCAAAGAGGUUCGUGCCUUCAAUCAGUUGCAAAGUGCGACGAUCCUUCGCGCAAGGAGAAACAUGACCCGAAAGUCAAAUGGCAUGACAUGAACGUCUGCAGCACGAUGGUUGGCUGCGGGAACAGCGCGAAGAGUUUCUUCGCAGAGCUAAGCAGGCCUAGACGAGGCACAUGUACUUGCAUGAUGAAAAAGACAUGCAAUGGUCCUGGUCCCUUCUAUACACUCAAGCAUACGACGAUUGGACGAAGUGCCAUCCACCGGGGCAUCAUGUAUUUUGUCGACACCACUGGAGACUGUUCUUCCCUUAUUUUUGGAAGCGGCUCCCCAGGCCCAGUCCUGCUGCCGUCAGGCUUGUAGCAUAAUCUGCAUAAAGCCUUCUCAUCUACGCAUGUAGACUUG